GCAGCCCCCGGCGGCAAAACGCUGCCCCAAAGCCAUGGCGCGGACCCUCGAACUCACGCUAGCCUCCGUCCUGGCCCUCAUGGGCGGCGUCUACGUGCUGCGCUCGAGCCGCGCCGAGCAGGCGAGGCACGAAGCCGAGCUGGCCGCCGCCGUCGCAAGACGGGCCUCGUUAAGCGCAGCGCUGCUCGAGGCGCGGGCGGCCCUGGAAACGGAGAGGAGGUGGCAGGGCGACGAGCGCGCGAAUUUAACCAGAGCGCUGCAGCAGCGGCGGCGGCGGCGGCGCAUACCACCAUCACCCUAUCAGCCCAAGCCCUUCGUGCCCGUGGCGACGACGGCGACGCCCGUCGCGCCAUCGCCGCCGGUCGCGACGCCUCUGACCCAGCUCAAGGACUUCCCCUGCGCCUUGCGGGACUUUAAGGUCGCCAAAGUGACAAAAACGUGCGAAUUGCUCUGCAAGGAGGCGACCUGCGCCCGGGCGUUGAAACACUGCGAACGGUUAGUCGAGUGCGACGCUGUUGUGGUGGAUGGCCAGGAGAUCAAACCAGGACACAACCGAGAUUUAUCAAAGGCGACGGUGCGACUGCUGCGAGACGACGCUACGAGAGCGGCUCAAGAUACGAGUCGACGCUUACUAGAAACCUCAAAAUGGUGGGGGUCUGCCCUCAAGACGCAGACGAAGCCGCGGACGUACAUCGUCGUAAGUUAUGGAGGCUGCGGGAGCAAGAUGCUCGCGGGAUGGCUCGCCCAAUUACCGCGCAAAUACGCGAAGCACGUCUACCACUUUCAUGAUAAACGACCACCCGAUAUAUUAAGGGAGCUGCCGCCGCCGCCGCGACCGUCGACCAGAGAAAGGGAUUUUAGGGCGAGGCGGUUCCCGGGCGGCGGCCGCUUCCGGACGGAGACGAAACCCGUCGCCGAUCUGGACGACUACCGCGUGCUCUACAUCUUCAAGGACCCCGUCGAGGCCAUGGUGUCUAGAUUUGGCUACGGGCACUGCAAGCAUUUGGAUGGGGAUUGCGGCGUGGAACAGAGCUUUCCAAAGCUCGACGUGUACGCCCAACAAGGUGUCGACCGCAUGGGUCUAUUGGCCUUCUUCGAGGCGUAUACCUCACCCCAAAAGUACCCCAUUGUAGCAUUGAACUACCACAAGCUCUGGCAGAACCGCGAGGCGGUCAUGAGCGCUCUGGGGUUGCCCGCAUCACUCGCAUCGUCCUUCCCGGAGCGGACCGAGACGGUGCGCAACGACCUGACGGCCGCCGGCGAAAAUAAUCAGGCCCACUCCGAGGCGACGCGGCGCGGCCUCGACCGCAUGUACGGGCGCAUCCUCGAGCGGAUCCGGGCGCUGCCGGCGGUGAGCGUUGCUUAAUUUCACAUUUAAAUUA